AUGGAAGGCAUGGGUGACAUGGGUGGCAUAGGUGGCAUGGGAGGCAUGGCUACCAUGGGAGGCAUGGGUGGCUUCGGAGGUACCAUGGGAGGCAUGGGUGGCUUCAGAGCUACCAUGGGCGGCAUGGGAGGCAUGGGUGGCUUCAGAGCUACCAUGGGCGGCAUGGGAGGUAUGGGUGGCUUCGGAGCUACCACGGGAGUCAUGAAUUUUGAGUCUCUCAUGGGAGGCAUGGGAGAUCUUGCCAACACCUUCCGAGCUCCCCAUGAUGAUGCGGCGCGCGACAAUGAAGAGGAGGAGGAAGAAUCGUCUUCGGAUGAGGAUGAAGAAUCAGAGGAAGAGGAGGACGAUGAUGAGGAUGCGGCAUGA